UUUUUCUUUUGCAGUUGGCAGCUUCUAACCAAUUCCAACAGCUACGAUACAUAUAAAUUUUCAUCUGCUUGGAACACAUUAUGAUUAUUUGAGGUUAAAGGAAGAGUGAAUAAUUUCUUAUUUACUUCCCUCGUCCCGCUUUAAUAAAUAACCAAUUUUCACCAUGGCUGCAACAAUGCCCAUAAAUCCCAAACCAUUCUUAAAUGGUUUGACUGGUAAACCAGUUAUGGUCAAAUUAAAAUGGGGUCACGAAUACAAGGGCUACCUAGUCUCGGUGGAUGGAUAUAUGAAUUUGCAACUUGCAAACACCGAGGAGCAUAUAGAAGGUACUUGCACUGGAAAUCUUGGUGAAGUACUAAUCAGAUGUAACAAUGUUAUGUAUAUAAGAGGAGUAGAAGAAGAAGACGAAGAAGGCGAAAUGAAAGACUAGAUGUAAUCGAAUCUAAUGAUUUUACACUAAUUUAAUCGAAUUAAUGUGAUAUAAUAAAUCAAUAAACAAAAUGUUUUUUUUAAAUAUAAAUUUAUUUCAAGUA